AUGGGACUCUUUAGCAAGAACGACAAAGAAAAGCAGGAGAAUCGCCCACCUGCUCCUCUCCCUAACGAUCAGGGUGGCCCAGGUGGUCCAUCGGAUGCCCCACCAUCCUACGACCAGCUGCAACAGAUCCAUACUGGUAAUGAGCAGACACCUCAGUACAAUGACAAUAGAUACGGUGAUAAUGAAUAUCCUCCUGAGAAAGCCACCGGCCCCAAUGGUUACCCUGAAGAUAAAAAAGGUGGUUAUGACGACUAUCAACAGCCUCCUCAACAGCAACCACAGGGCCAAUAUUUCCAGGCACCUCCACCUCCACAGAACCAAGGCUCUGGAUGGGAAGCACCUGGCUGGGGAGGUAACCAAGCACCACCACAACCCAACCAGCAGGGUAAUGCUUCAAUGCCUCCAAACGCUUACGUGAUUCCACCAAGAACGGCUAACAUUGCUAUGGAUGAUGGAAAAUACACCAGACCCGAAUACCAGCAAUACAAGGCAAGAGAUCAGGAGAGAAUGGCCCACGGUGACUUUCCAAAACCUAGAGAAGCCUUUAAACACGGUGCUCCAUUGGAACCUAGCCAAAAGGCACAAGGAAAGGGAAAGUCCUCAGGAGGAUUCCCAGGCAGCUCCGGUGCUUCUUACUACAAUGCAGCUAAUCGUUAA